AUGAUCAUUUCGACUGAGCAAAUGAUAGUCCGUGAUGCUAAGCUCACCAUCAAGCACACUCUACAGCUCACGCACACACAAAUGGCGCGAUUUAACGACAGCGUCCAUAAUUUGCGGAAGCCGCGGCGACUUCGUUGCAAGAAGAAACGUCAUCGUCUGCAUGUUCACUUCGUGUAA